AUGGUGGUGACCCCAGUGAGGCCAUGCACCACUGAUGCGACCCAUUCUGGUGACCUUCACAUGACUAGAGGCUCAAAUAUUCACUCUUUAGCUUGGGUCAUCAAACACUCUCACUCCUGCCAGUUGUCGCAAAUUCUUGGUGAUUUUAAGAGCCUAGAGGCCAAUUUGCAGCUUUCCCAGUACUGCGGGGAGGACGUGCCAAGGAAACUCAUCAUUCUGAAGCAAUGUCACUACACCACACAGCACCACACCAUCACUAUUUCACUCCAACCACAGCAGGACAAGCCAGCAAUACCAAAAAACUUUAAAUUUCAUAUUGCACACACCACACACAACACCACCACCUUGCAAGAUAGAGAGGUGGUGUUCCUAAAGGUGGAAGGAUGUGUGGGGAGCUUUCUUGCCUCCCACCCUUGCCUUGUGUACACUAGCCAGGAGGUGCUGAGGCCACGGAAGAAGAGAACCAGUCUAGAAUUUGAAGACCCUUUGUAUAAUGAACAGUGGCAUUUGAGUAACACGGCACCAGGACAGUACGACAUCAACGUGGGAGGAGUGUGGGAGAGCGGCAUCACAGGGCGGGGGGUGACGGUGUGUGUGAUUGAUGACGGGCUGGAGUGGCGCCACCCAGACCUGCGGAACAACUACAAUCCGGCUGGCUCUUAUGAUCUUAAUUCUGAUGAUCCUGACCCCUCGCCUGUUAAGAAUGGAGAGCGCAACGAGCACGGGACGCGGUGUGCGGGUGAGAUCGCAGCAGUGGCCAACAGUGUGUGUGGCGUGGGGGUGGCCUUCCAUGCUAACAUAUCCGGGAUCAGGGUGCUGGGGGAGCGGAUGACAGACUCCAUGGAGGCCGCUGCAUUCGUACAGGGCCUGGCGGUCAAUGAUAUAUACUCCUGCAGCUGGGGGCCGGAUGACGAUGGGCGGACGGUGGAUGGGCCGCACCACCUGGCCAGGGAAGCGCUGCGGCAUGGGGUGACUUAUGGCCGGGGGGGGUACGGGGCCAUCUAUGUGGUGGCCUCGGGGAAUGGCGGACGCAACAAGGACAACUGUAACUUUGAUGGGUAUGCCAACUCCGUGUACACAGUGACCAUUGGUGCGGUGGAUUCUCACGGUCGCAUGCCAUACUAUGCUGAGGAGUGCGCCGCCAUGCUGGCCGUCACUCCCAGCAGCGGCACCAAGGGCAGGGACAUUGUGACAACAGACUGGCAGGAGAUCAGUGCCUCGGGCUGCACCAAACACCACUCGGGCACCUCAGCAGCUGCCCCACUGGCUGCCGCUGUCAUCGCCCUGGCCCUGGAGGUGCAGCCCUGCCUCUCCUGGCGGGAUGUGCAGCACCUCAUUGCUCUCACAUCCAGGAAGAUCGAUGCCAGCAACCCAGACUGGUCUCUAAAUGGGGCUGGCCUUCACCACUCUCACCAGCACGGAUUUGGCUUGGUGGAUGCAGCUGCUAUGGUCUCUUCCGCAGCUGUAUGGGAGUCUGUGCCCUUCUCCACCACCUACUCCUCCCCUCUGAUGGUGGAGGAGGUGGCCAUCCCCGCCGAGAGGAUGCAUGGAGUGGCAUUUCGGCACCAGGUGGACCAGAGCAUUUUGGCGAGUUACGCUCUGGCCACUUUGGAGUUUGUACAGGUCCAAGUGUCCCUGCAGCACCAGUACCGUGGCAGCCUCAAAAUUGUCCUGGUGUGUCCCAGUGGCACGCGCUCCACCCUCGCUGCACCACGGGAGGCUGACAAUUCCACCAAGGGUCUGAGUGAGUGGUCGCUGGGGACGGUGCGGUGCUGGGGGGAGGAGGCGGCGGGGGUGUACCAGGUCACCGUGACACAGACCAGGCACCAGCAUCUCUCUGGCCGCCUCACCUCAUGGCGCCUGGUGCUUCACGGGUCGUCUCUCACCAAGCAGCAGUUCCAGGAAAGACGCAGGCUGGUGGAGAGGGCCCAGCGUGGAGAGGUGAUCCAUGUCAACAGAAGCACUCUUUGUCAUCCACCGGAGCUCAGAUUUAAGCCCUUCCACCCUCUGCCGGAAAAGUGGCUCAAGGUCCUGGCGGUCACCUCACUGUUCCUGCUGGUGAUGGUGGCGUUCAACACACUUGAGUACAUCUUCUGCUACAAUGACGAGAAGGAGAGGUUCUACCGGCGGCUGAGGGACGUGGCGGCUGGCAGGGCUCUUCAGCACCGCCGCAGUACCUCAGGAUCACUCGCCGGAGACUAGGGCCACCUGGGGACUCUGCGGCAUAUGGGAGUGUGGUAGGUGGUGUGGAGAGUGACAGGAUACGCUCACAGUCGGCAUCCUACGAGAUCCUUCCGUUAAUGGGUGAAGGUGUUGACACUGCCUUGGUGUCCCCGUCGCCCUCCUGUGAUGCGGAUGUCUCUAGUUUCGGUGGUGAGGAUGAUGACACGGAUGAAGAUGGCUUUUCGUCACACUGCACCAGCGACACAGUGCUUCCCAAGGACACUGAUGCCACGGACUUCACAAACGAUGAAUUCUUCUCUGAGGUGGAUGAGGAGAGGCUAGUCAGUGGUGGAGGGAAGGUGGAGAAGCUGGAGAAAGUGGAGGUGGAGGUGGAGGUGCAAGAGGAGGAGGAGGAGGAAGAGGAAGAGGUGUUUGUGAGAGACAGUAUUAUGGGGAGGAGGGAUCUAGUGCAUGUGGACUUGUGGGCGGAGAGAUGAGAGAUGGAGGAGUGGAGGAAAGGAGGAGUGGAAGGUUUUAGUAGUAGUAGUAGUAGUAGUAGUAGUAGUAGUGGUAGAAAGAAGUGUGAUAUGAGCUACCAGAUAGAAGAAGAAAGUUUUGAUAAAUGGAGUAAGAAGAGGAAGGUGAGAAAAGUUAACAAGAACACAAGAGGAAAAGGAAAGAAGGAAGAAGAGGAAUAGGAAAAAGAAGAAGAAAAUAGCAGAUAAGGAAAAGAGAGACAAAAAGAAAACAAGUAAUAAGACAUGAUUAGCUAGUAUAUAUAUUAAACCAAAGAAAAUAAGAAAUAAAGGAGAGAGGAAAUGAAAAGUGAAUAUUAAUGUGACUUUCUGAAGACAACGAACUAGAGUAACAUUUGUAUUUAUCUCAGAAUGAAGCAGUUGUAAAAAGAAAUCUAUUGGCAAACACUCCCAUCUUACUUGGGAGUUUAAAAGAAGUUAUAGUGGAAGUUACUGGUGUUUUUAAGGGUGUUUUCAAGGUUCUAAUAGUUUCACAGGCUACAGUGGAAGUUAUUGGUGUUUUUAAGGAUGUUUUCAAGGUUCCAGUAAUAGUUUGACAGGCUGCAGUGGAAGUUAUUGGUGUUUUCAGGGUUCCAGUGAGGUUUUGGCAGCCUCUAGAAGUUAUUGGUGUUCUUAAGGAUGUUUUCAGGACUCCAGUGAGGUUUUGGCAGCCUUUAAUUGAAGUUUUUAGUGUUUUGAAGGAUGUUUUCAAGGUUCCAGUGAUAAUUUGGCAGCUUUUAUUGGAAGUUAUUGGGUUUUUUUUAAAGGUGUUUCCAAGGUUCUAGUAAUUUGGCAGGCUGCAGUGGAAGUUAUUGGGGUUUCUAAGGUUCCAGUGAUAUUUUGGCAGUGUAAUGGAAGUUACUUGCGUUUUCAAGGGUGUUUGCAGGGUUCUAAUAGUUUGAUAGGCUGCAGUGGAAAAAUGAAAACACUGAAAAAAAGAGAGA